CUCUUCAAUAAACUUGUUUUGACUUGACUUCCUGCGUGCGCCGCUGUGGAACAGCUCGUCAUCAUCGUUCCACGGCGCUUCCUAUGACAAAACGAAAUUCCACUUUCUGUUCAGCGCUUGUUGCAGAGAGGAGCUGAGUUGACAACAGCAUUUUGCUGGUGAUGUUCAACCUUUAGAAACGGCGGAUUCAACGAACAUGAAGGAAGAGAUCAAAGUCAAACUCAAGCUUGAUAAAUAUGUGGUUCUUCCAGGUAAGCUGGCGAGGUACCACACUGAAGGGUUCCUGGGCGAGGGCUCCUAUGGCAAAGUGGUCAAGUGCACCAAGCUGGACACCAACGAGGCUGUGGCGGUGAAGAUCGUGCGCAAAGAUCGUUUCCGACAGGGCAAGAAAGAGGCAAGGAUGCUGAAGAAAAUCCAAAAGCUCGACCCCGAGAAGAACAACCUGCUGAAGUUCAUCGAAAACUUUAAAUAUAAAGGCCACUUCGUUUUGGCCUUUGAAAUGCUGGAUGUGAGCAUCUAUGACUUCAUGAGCCGCAGGAAUUUCGCGCCGCUCCACCUGUCUGAAAUCAGGGUCGUCGCUCAGCAGCUGCUCGUGGCUUUGAACGCCUUGAAGCGCGCUGGUCUGGUUCACGCCGACAUUAAGCCGGACAACAUCAUGUUAGUCAAUCAUGAAUCGCAGCCGUUCAAGGUGAAGCUGAUUGACUUCGGGUUGGCUGUAAAAGUGUCCAAAUUAUGGUUUGCCGGCACCAUUCAGGCCAUCGGCUACAGAGCCCCUGAAGUCAUCCUGGGCCUGCCAAUGGAUGAAAGUGUGGACAUGUGGGCUCUGGGCUGCUGUUUGGCCUACAUGUACCUUGGCUACAACCUCUACCCGACACACUGUGAAUAUGAGGUCAUUAGGGCCAUCGUCCAGAUUCACGGUCAGCCCCGAGACGAUGUGCUGAAAAAAGCCAAGGAUGUGAAACACUUCUUCACCAAACUCGCCGGCUCCUCUGACCGUAUGUUCAGGCUGAACACUCCAGCUGAAUACACAAAUGCAACAGGGUCCGCCACGCAGCAUAAAAGCACCGUUUACAAGGGUCUGCGCAGCCUGGACGACCUGCUCAUAACCCGGCCAAGGCCUAAGGAUCCAGCAGAGCCUGAAAACUCCCUAGGAUUUAUUAGCCUGCUAAAACGGAUGCUUUUGGUGGAUUCAAAUGUCAGGAUCACCCCCACAGAGGCUCUCGCUCAUUGUUUCAUCACUAUGAAACAUCUCUCAGAUGAGAGAUACAGCCCGAACGUACCAUCAGCUUGGAAAAUGGCGACAGGCUGUCAACUUCGAGCGUUUGCAGCGGAGCGUUGUGACACUCCGAGCGAAGCUGUUAGAAGAAAAAUGCUCCAUGCAAAACAGGACGGAGAAACCAGAGGAGGAGCCAACAGAGUUGCAGAUAAAGAGUGGAUAAGGAGGACCUUAUUCAAAAUGAGUCUCUGCGCAGCGUGCCAAGAUGGUUCGGACCAAUCUGACGCUGCAGCCGGGGAGGGUAAAGAUGAACCCUCAGUUGAAGCUCACAAUAACACCUUAGCUCCUAAAACCUUUGCCUGAAACACUGAAGCCACCUAAUGAAAGAUGACUAAACCCUCUUUUUCAGAUAAGGAGCAGAUAGGGAGGACCUUCAUCAAAGCCAGGCCCCCAUUUGCUGCUCACCAAGAAUCAGUGGAAACAGCU